UACGAAAACUUAAAUGUUGUCCACUUCAUUAUUUUCAGAAAAUUUCUUCUUGUAAGGGUUAACAAUGUCUGAAACAAGAGAUGAAGUCUCUGUUCGUAUAGACAACAUACUUCUUGAGUUGCCUUCCUCGCGCUGCAAGCCCUCAAUCUUCAGAGUCAAUAAUGAUAUACGCUACACAAAUGAGAAGCUUUAUGUUCCUAAAGUAAUUUCAAUAGGCCCAUUUCACCACGGCAAAGACCAUCUCCGGGAUAUGGAGCAGCACAAGUUCAGGUACCUAAAGCUUCUACUCAAACGACGAAAUGAGUCCAGUGUGGACAAAUAUGUCAUGGCGAUGAGAUCAUUGGAACAAAAAGCACGCAAGUGUUAUGCUGGCCCUGUUGAAUUUAGCCCUGAGGACUUUGUACAAAUGUUGCUUCUUGAUGGUUGCUUCAUCGUUGAGUUGAUCAGGAAAUACGGAAUGGAUGAGUGGAGAGAGAGCGACGAUAUUGUUUUCCAGUAUGAACAAGUUCUCAGCCAGCUGCGGCAUGAUUUGAUGUUAGUUGAAAAUCAGCUUUUCAUUGGUGACAUUUCUCCAUGGCCAGAGGCUUCAGAAAUGACAGGAAACAUAUCAGUGAAAAACGUUGACCACCUUCUUGGCCUGGUGUACACGAUUUGGUGCUCUUCAUUUGCUAAGAUUACGGCGAAUAGACCUAUUGAAAUAUUGGAGGAGGAACACAAAAUGGUGGCCAUAAAUUCCGCAACUGAGCUACAAGAGGCAGGAAUCAAGUUGGAACAGGACACCGAAAGUAAUUGUCUAGACAUUAAGUUCAUUAAAGGGGUGAUAAGAAUUCCUGGUCUCAAUGUUUCUGAUGAAACCGAGUCGAUAUUCAGAAAUAUUAUGGCGUAUGAGCAUUUCUUGAUUGAUAAAAAUCAGUCCAAAUAUGUGACAGACUAUGCGUUUUUCUUGCACUGUCUCAUUAACUCCUCAAAUGAUGUGGAAAUACUACGGCGUCAUGGGAUUCUCACUAAUUUGCUAGGCGAUGAUGAGAUGGUAUAUCAUAUGUUCAACCGUUUAGGCACAAAUAUCCUCAUGUCCCCUCAUUUCUGCUAUGCGGAUGUCUACAAAAAGGUUAACGAGUACUAUGGUCGUCGGUGGAACAAAUGGAUGGCGAAUUUGAGGCGUAACUAUUUCAAUACUCCUUGGGCGUAUAUAUCUUUCUUUGCUGCUCUCAUUUUGCUUUCCUUCACCUUCAUACAGACUGUUUUUACAGUUCUUUCCUAUGUAAACCCCAAGACCAAGUGAACAAUCUUCAAGAAUUUAGGCUACUAAAAAUUAUUUCCUUGUUCAAUUACAGAGGCUUGUACAUUCUUUCUUCACUUUUGUUCAUCACUCAGCUUAUCCAGAUA